CCUUCCAUCCACCUGUCCUCAGUCACUCUUGCCGAAGAGCCACCUCCAUCCCCAGCUAUGAUGAUGAAGCUCUCUUUCCUGAUCAACCGGUUCAACUUUGUGAAGAUGCAGCUGCUUUGCCUGGCACAGGCCUUCUUUAGCCGCUUUCAAGAAGACACUGAGUGUGAGUUCCCUAUGGCUGUGUAUGAUGAGAACCUGCUGAGGAACCCUUUCUACCAGGCGCUAGAGAAACAGAGGCCAGACCUGUGCAGCCGCGUGGCAGAGGUGCAUGGAAUUAUCCUGGUGCCGUGUCAGGGAAGUCUGCAUGUCAGUACAUACACAGCAGCCCAGUUUGAGGGGUACGUUCUACAGCCCUCAGAGCAGGGGUACCAGACCCUCGAUGGGAAGGAAGUCUCCAUCCAGGACAACCAGGUGACACUGGGAGCAGGAUUCCAGUGCACAGCCUCUGUGUCCAUCCUCUUUGAGGAGACCUUCUACAAUGAGAAGGAGCAGGCCUACAGCAUCUUGUGCAUUGCCCGGCCCCUGGAGGCCCACCAGAGGCCAGACACGAGUGCUGUCCAGACACAGGCACAGUACUGUUUGAAGAAUGUGGAAGACGUUAAGGAGUUUCUGGGUCGCCACGCGGAGAGGCUGGACAAGUUCAUUGCCAGCUUCGGCCACAGCUUCAAGGAACAGGAGAGGAAGGGACUACGCUACCACAUAGACUCGGUGAACGCGCUGUACACAAAAUGCCUUCAGUGCUUGUUGAGGGACUCACGUCUGAAAGUGCUCGCCAAACAGGAGCUCCAGAUGACCCUUCUGAAGCAAGCAGUGGAGAUGUACAUACAUCAUGGUAUCCAUGAGUUCAUCUUUAAUUACGUGGGAAGUCUUGAAGCAAGUCAGGAUGCUGCGUUUAACAAAACCACGCGAGGACUGCAGGAUCUGCAGCAGAAAGAUCUCGGUAUCAAAUCUGAGUUUAGUAUAAAUAUCCCACGAGCGAAGCGUGAGCUGAGUCAGCUCAACCGCUGCACCUCCCCUCUGCACAAACUCCUCUGCCUGAGGAAGGUGGCCCUCACCAUCAUGCAGUCCCCCAGCCCUACAGUAAGCCUAGAUGCCAUCUGUGCAGAUGAUCUGCUCUCGGUCAUCCUCUACCUGCUGGUGAAGACAGAAAUCCCAAACUGGAUGGCCAAUCUGAGCUACAUCAAGAACUUCCACUUCUGUAACUCCACUAAGGAUGACCUGAGCUACUGCCUGACGUCGUUUGAGGCGGCCGUGGAGUACAUCAGCCAGGGCCACCUCAGCCAGGGCCUCACGGGCCCUGGGGAUCUCAAUAACAAGCUGUUCAUCAGGCAGAAGAUGAAUCUGCUCUCCCAGAAUGCUGCUACAUCCAUAGACUAUCUGUUUGAGCACGUUGCCAGUGGCAACGAGGUGGAGGUGCAGCGUCUGCUGAGCGAGAGCGAGAGGGAGGAGGAUGGGGUCAAGAUGUGCCACCCGCUCUGCUCCUGUGACAGCUGCGAGCUCCGCCUGUCAGGGAGACUGAAUGACCCCUCCGUUAUCACCCCUUUCUCCCGAGAUGACCGGGGCUACACUCCUCUUCAUGUUGCUGCUUUCUGCGGUCAGUCUUCACUGAUUGAUCUGCUAGUGUCCAAGGGGGCGGUGGUCAACGCCACGGACUACCAUGCCCUCACCCCCCUGCACCUCUCCUGCCAAAAGGGCUACCAGGGAGUUACGCUGCUGCUUUUGCACUAUAAGGCCAACACAGACGCUCAGGACAACAAUGGGAAUACCCCGCUACACCUGGCCUGCAUGCACGGCCACGAGGAUUGUGUGAAGGCGCUGGUGUACUACGACUUGCACAACUGCCGCCUCAACAUCCAGAACGACAAAAGGGACACGGCGCUGCACAUUGCGGCGCGCUGGGGCUACGAGGGCAUCAUCGAGGUGCUGCUGGAGAACGGAGCCUCCACCGCCAUCCAGAACAAGGCCAAGGACACGCCGCUCCAGUGUGCCCUCAACUCCAAGAUCCUGGCCCUGUUGGAACACACACAUAAUAGCAACCAGAGGAAGGAUGGCAGCAUGGAGUCCCCCAGUCGCUCUCCUCAGCCAUCUGACUGCAGUAGCCGGCGCUCAUCCAUCUCCAGCUCCUCGUCUCUGAGUUUGGAGCCCCGCCCAGAGCCGGACCGCACGCGUGACCGAGAGGUGGAGAAACUGCUGAGAGCUGUUGCAGACGGGGAUGUGGAGAUGGUGCGCUACCUGCUGGAGUGGCUGGAUGAGGAGCCAGAGGAAGACGAGCUGGCCGUGGCACCAGUCCAGACAGAGCUGUGCCACCCUUUGUGCCAAUGCCCGCAGUGUGAACCCACACAGAAGAAGCUAGUGAGUCUGCAGAGCAGUGGCGUGGGUGUGAACAGCAGCAGCGCGGACGGCUUCACGCCGCUGCACGUUGCCGCGCUGCAUGGGCGCGGUGCCCUGGUCUCCCUGCUCACCCGCCAUGGUGCCAACAUCAACGCCCGCAACAGCCAGGGAGCCACGCCGCUUCACCUGGCCUGCCAGAACAGCCAUGCACAGGUUAUAGCCUCUCUCCUGGAGUGUAACGCCAAGGUGAACAAGAAGGACCAGUAUGGGAACACGGCCCUGAUCCACGCGUGCCUUAAGGGACACUUGGACACAGCCACAAACCUGCUGAAGAGCUGUGCGUCCGUCAACCUGGUGAAUAACCAUGGCAACACGGCCCUGCACGAGGCGGUGCGCGGGGGUCACCAGAGCCUGGUGGAGCUGCUCCUGCAGGAGGGGGCGUGGGUGCACCUGAGGAACAAGAGGCAGAGGACCCCGCUGGACUGCGCUCAGGAGAUCGGGGGCAAGAGCACAGAGAUCCUGAAGAUGUUGCAGAGAGCUUCAGGCCAUGCCCCUGAAGCUGCAGACCCAGGAAAACUGCCCAAAGGAACUUUGGCGCAAUCAUUGGUGCACAGACUGAAACAGCAAGAAGAUGCAAACAACAGGAGGCAAGACCUGCUUCAGUCUUUACACAGGACUCCAAAGGCUGUAUCCCUAGACCGGACCAGAUCCAUAAUCAACUCCCCUCUUUUAAACAGGGCAGACAAGAGGAAACUGCAGAGGGGAGAGACAGUGGAGACCAGCACCCCAACGGCCACGGGUGCUGGGGGCCUCGCUGACUGCAGUCAGUCCUCCACUCCCCCACCGGACAAUGGUACCAGCAGGAGCAGCCUGACCCGCUGCCACACCAUCCACCAGGACCUCUCCAAGGACCCCUCUCUGCCUGACCACCCAAGCCCCACUCCUACCGACCUCUCUGAAGCAUCACCUGACCAGUCACAUGAGGCCCUACCCGACCUACCACCGGUCAACGGGGACACGAGGGAGGCCCUACCCGACCUACCACCGGUCAACGGGGACACGAGGGAGGCCCUACCCGACCUACCACCGGUCAACGGGGACACGAGGGAGGCCCUGGAUGAGGAGGAAGAGGAGGACCUGCAGCACAGGACCAAUGGGUCCCCAGAGACAGAAGCAACGUUAAAGGAGAUGGAUGACCUUUGACUUCUAAAUGACUGGGAAAACCUUUUGAGCCCUCUGCCCCCACUUGGUCCUUCCUGAGCUCUGGUCUGAGACCUGAUGUCAGAGGACCACCCCUGGUUGAGGCAUUGUAGGGAGCGGUGUAUGAAGGUCACCUGAUGCAGUAGGACGCCACAAUGGCCCAGCACGAGUACUAGUCUUGGCUUAAGUGAUUAACGCUGAGCACCUAAGGGAUUUCCAUACUAAGUAAUAGGCAAGAGGAUGGCAUAUUUGAGAGAGAGAGAGAGUUGAUAAGAGUUGAUAGAGACUUGAUAGAGGGCUUCACUUUGAGCACUUUUGAGUUCCAACUGUUUUAUCAUUUAUCAUAUCACCACAAGUUGAAAAGGGAAAUGUUCUUGGAAUUAGUAUUUGUGUCUUUAUUUUUGAUAACAAAACUUGUAAACUCCAAGGACAGACCUGACUAUAGUAUCAUUCUAGGAGCUGGAAUACUUGAUUGGUCUUACCGUGUAAUUUGCACAUGCAUCUGAAUAUUUCUUAUUAGUUGAUUUAAAUUUAAAAACCUUUUCUUGCUAUUAGUUUUCUUUUUAACACUUUGGUUCAGUUGAGAACCCUCAGAAGUUCUUUGGUCAUAAUGUUUCUAGAAGUAAACUGCUAUGCAUUUUCUUCCCAGUGAUUAGAAUGUAGUCCUUGUCUUCGCAUUCAUUUUAAAAUGUAAUUUAUUUCUGUGUCAGCAUUUUGUCUACUGUUAUAAAUGCAACAGUUUUGUUCCUGUUGUGCAUCAAGAGCUUCCAAGACAGCAAUGUCCCAGUGCACAUCUACUCCUAGUGACACGGCUACGAAGUGCUUUGUUCCUCGAGAAAGGCCAUUUUAACACCAAAUUGGAAGCAGUAGAGCAGUAGAACCAAGUAAAAUAAAUAAUCCCAGUAUUGCAAGCUUGCAUUGCAUGCAAGUAAAUUGUCAUUACUUCAUUAUGGCUGGGUUUUGAGGUUUUUCAGGUCUUGUAAGCUGUUUCUGUUAUCUGGAUAGAUAAGCACAUAAUGACUCACCUAAAAACAUCUACACAACAUGUUUUACUGAGUAUAAUGUAGUACCGGAUUUGAGAUAAGGGGGUAUAAGGACCUGAACAACACACCCUCUUACCAUUGCACUCCCUCACAUAAAAAAAAAGACUUGCUGUACUGUAGUUGCACUCCUACUCUGAGCGAUUGUCUACACUUUAGAUAGAUAGAUACUUUAUUGAUCCCUAGGGGAAAUUCAAGAAAACAAGAUCUCUCAACUCUAUGUACCUGCUUUGUUGUGUCCUGGUGCUUUUUUGCAUCUUCAUUAGGAUUCUGGCCUAGAAAACCUUGCUGGAAUUUCCAACUUUGCUGCUCACUGUUGUGUUCUCUUACAGCUUCACAGAAACACAGAAAAUGUAUCUGUGUAGCAAUAAAGAUGUGUAUUCACCAUGA